CUUCAGAGUUUCCACAUGGUUCUGUUGAGUGGCUAAACGUCCAUCAAAGCAGGUUGACUUAAUUAAUGUUUUACUUGUAGACUGAGUGUAUUUAACAAAGUAAUGUGAGAUCUGGGGCUGCAUUUGUACAUAAACACUGAAACAGGAAGUUGUGGCUGCAGUGACAACAUUGGUGCAGUCGGUACUCAGACCACCGAUCAGUCACUGUGCAGUAUGGAGGUCACAACACUCUGCGCUAUUUUUGUUUCUUUUCAGGUCCUUCCGAACAGAUCGCAGUUCUUCCAGUAUGAAUCUGUCGCCUUCAGCCUGAACUGUGACCAGCAGGAAGACGCUGCUGCAUGGAGAAUAAAAAGGAACACAUCCAAACAAAUCAAUUCACUUUGUCCUUCAUAUUCAACUGGAACGACUGGAUCUUCAUGCUUUCUAAGUGAGCUUUAUGAAAUGGACUCUGGAGUGUACUGGUGUGAAUCUGAGGCUGGGAAGAUCAGCAACACCAUCAACAUCACUGUUACUGACGGUGAGUUGAUCCUGGAGAUCUCAGCUCUUCCAGUGAUGGAAGGAGACGAUGUGGUUCUGCGAUGUAGAACGAGGAGAACACUAUCUGGAAAUAUUUCAUCUACGUUUUAUAAAGACGAUCUUUUCAUUGGGAACAGUGUGAGAGGAAACAUAACUCUACAGAGGGUUUCUAAAUCCGACGAAGGACUCUACAAGUGCCACAUAUCUGGAGUUGGAGAAUCACCAGACAGUUUUCUGACUGUCAGAGCAGGAUUUCCUGAAUCGCCGCCUUUACAUGGAAACAUUGUACUUCCUGUGAUGGUUACUGGAGUUUCAUUUUUUCUAGUGACGUUGUUCUGCCUGUGGAAAAACCAUCCAGACAAUUAUGACUCUUCCAUCGUGUUGUAUACUGGAGCAAUCAACAGACAAACACAAAGAGCAAAAGUUUCAGAUGCUGUCGAGAGGGGGCGCUGCUCUGCGUUGUCCACUGUGGUGGUGUACAGGCCGGCCCUCAGACCGGCCCUCGGACCGGCCCUCGGACCGGCAAGAGUUCGGACUUAUAAAGCCUACAGAGAGUACAGGAACAAACAACUAAUAUUUUCAUUGCUACAUAAUAAAAGUGUAACCCACUCACCUGCCAACGACUAUAAUUAAUACAAAAGUUUAAAGAUAUAAGUAGUUUGUUUCAAGUUUGAACACUUUUGAUGGUAUAACUACGAUGUUCUUGUUCAAAGUUCUGCAUGAUUUACUGACUAUAAGUUUAUUU